CAAACGUCAUUGACAAGAAUAGACAUAGAAGUCGACAGUUAUGGCCACCGGCAACAUUAUCGGACUAAAGCCACAUUUUUAUGUGCACGUGACUGAUUUAAAUCGGAAUAUCACAGGUGUUGAAAUUGGUCCACAGACUGUUGUACUGAAAAACAAUGAACAGUUACAUAGGGGACCACUUCCUAUGAUAAAAGUGCCCCCAGGCCAAUACUGUAUCAUAGAAAACCCUUGCAUUAACUAUGUACCGGGCCAGGUGUGUAAGAAUCUUUUGGGCCAAAAACAGGUCAGGUUUCAUCAGGAACCUUUUCCAUUGUUGCCAGGCGAGUCCCUGUUUGGGGCCCCUGACUACCAGACAGGUAGAUCAGGGUACAUGCCUGCUAUGCAGCCUAUUCCCAUAGUGAAGGCUGACCAUGCAAUCAGACUAAAAGCAGUGCUGGACUUUGAGGACGAGACAGGACAACAUCAGGCAGGCGACCAAUGGCAGCUGAAUGGUCCUCUAAGCUACCGCCCUUGUCCUGAAGUUGAGAUAGUGAAGAUUGUGAGUCCUAUGGUGAUAAGAAAUGGAGAGGCACUGAAACUUCGUGCGACCCAAGACUUCACCGACCGCAGCGGGGUAGACCGUGUCACUGGUGAAGAAUGGAUGCAGUACACAUCUGGUGCCUACCUCCCUGAUGUAUUUGAAGAGGUAUUGGGCUUGGAGAAAGAGAUCACACUGACACCAGAUCGAGGCUUGAGAUUACAAGCAACACAAUCUACAACUGACAGACAAGGCAUUAAACGGUUGGUAGGUGAGGAGUGGCUUGUGACUGGUGAGGACCUAGACCAAUACCUGCCUGAGAUUGGAGUGGAGAUUGUAUCAAAGGAAAGCAGAGUAGUGGUAAAGAAAGGGGAAUACUGCAUUGUACAGGAUGUUGUUGACAAAAAUCUGAAGCCACAGCUUGGGAAGAGGGAACUUCGGGUUGGCUGUUGCAGUUUCUUCCUCCAUCCAGGGGAAUCCCUGGAAAAGGGCAAAGUUCAAAGUGCAUACAUCCUGUCUGAGAAUGAUGCUUUGAUACUCCAGGCCGAGGAGGACAUAUUGGAAGAUACAGGCAAAGGUAAGGCAGUGAAGCGAAGUCCAGGAGAUCGUUGGAUGAUUCGUGGCCCUGGAGACUACACGCCUCCUUUACAUGUGAUCGUGGUUGACAAAAGGAAGCAGAUACCCUUAAGUAAAAAUGAAGGAAUUUAUGUCCAGGAUAGGAAAACUGGCCAGGUGAGAGCCGAGAUGGGGCCACAGUCCUACAUGUUGACGGAGGACGAGGAACUUUGGACCAAAGUUCUACCAGAUGAUACUGAAACUCUCCUCAAACAAGGAGGAGGCUCUGGGUCAGGAGACAUCAGGAAGAUGGCCUACUUUGAACAAUCAAUAGAUCCACAGAUGCUUAAGGGACGUAGCAAAGGUCGUGUGGUGACGUUUCGUUGUCCAGGCAACACUGCUGUCCAGGUGUAUAAUUACCUGGAGAAGACUGCUCGUGUCGUGUUUGGACCAGACCUAGUAAUUCUCGGACCUCAUGAAAACUUUAAUGUUCUCAGCCUCAGUGCGGGCAAACCUAAAAAGGAAGGUGCUAUGAAAUCUCUGUGUCUAAUGCUUGGGCCUGACUUUAUCACUGAUAUCCUUGAGGUUGAGACAGCUGACCAUGCCAGGCUCAAGAUCCAGCUUGCUUUCAACAAUCAUUUUGAGUUUGAGAAAGGAAACAAGGAUAGUGAAAUGUCCAUAUUUUCAGUACCGGAUUUUAUUGGAAAUGCUUGUCGACAGAUAGGAAGUCGUAUUCGGGGUGCUGUUGCUCAAGUUCAGUUUGAUGAGUUUCAUCGUCACUCAGCCCUGGUCAUACAAACUGCAGUCUUUGGACAGAAUAGUGAUGGCUAUCUGAACUCUCGUCUGAAGUUCCCAAUGAAUAACCUUGUUAUUAGCAGUAUAGAUAUUCAGAGCAUUGAACCAGUGGAUGUAAAAAUGAGAGACAGUCUGUCAAAAUCUGUACAACUGGCUAUCGAAAUAUCCACAAGCUCUAUCGAAGCAGCAGCAUCCCAUGAAGCAGCACGAAAUGAACAGAUAGCGCAGGGCCAUCUCGAACGUCAGAAACUUGAUAAUGAAAAAGCUUCUGAACAGGAACGUACCAAGCUCCUCGAACUUCAGGCAGUCGCUGCCGCCGUGGAGUCAGCGGGUCAGGCCACAGCCGAGGCUCAAGCUCAAGCUGAGAGGAUGAUCAUUGAAUGUGAAAGUGAGAUUGAGGGUGCAAGAUUAAAAGCACAAGCAGAAGAAAUAGAACAUUAUGCUAAACAAGAAGCUCAGGAAAAGAUGAGGAAGCAAGAGUUGGCUUACAUUCGGAGUCAGACGGAGCUGGAGGUGCAUCGACUUCGUACCAUGGCUAAUAUAGAGGUUGAGAAGUUCCAGAAGAUGGUGAAUGUGAUUGGAGCCAAAACCAUUUCAGCUAUAGCUACGUCUGGUCCCGAGACACAGGUGAAGAUGUUAAAAGCUCUUGGACUGAAGAGUACUCUGAUAACAGAUGGGAGUAGUCCAGUAAACCUAUUUAACACAGCAUCCGGGCUUAUUGGAGGAACCGACCAGCAGUAACUAUUGUUCUAUCACCUAAGGAUAAAAAGUCAAGAUUAUAGUAACCAUAGCAACAUUACUAUUAGAUCAAAGGUCAGGAUUAUGCUUCAUGAAACAGUGACCUCCUUGGAAGAAAUACAAAUGGUCUUGUUUAGCUCUGGUUAGUGGUUUUGUAAAAUCAGAGUUGUGACAGUGUGAUGGAUUCUGGAGCAAUGAUAGACUAAUGUUUAAACUAGCUGAGCUGACUUCACAUUAUACAUGAUACUGGUCAGGUUUUUACUGACUCUGGACUUUAGUUUACAUAAAGUGUUGUAUUUUUUUUAAUAUUUUUUCAUAUUUGAAUCCUGAACAUGUGACAACAUGACCUAAUAUGAACGAAUCCUAUUUGGAAAUUUCAUAUCUUAAAGGAGAAUUUGAUGUUAUGUUGUGCAUGAAUACAUUAAUUUCAAUAGCAAACAGUAACUUAGGGUUAAUACAUGGCUACUAUUGUAAGCUAAAACCUUGCAUUUAAUAAAAUAUGCAUGAAAGAAGGUAACCUACAUAAGUCCGGCAGAUAAUGCUGGAAUGUUUGUAUAUUUGGUGUACAAGGAACUUUUUCUUCUGAUUUUAGCUUUACAUCAUUUCACUGUUUUGAGACUUUGUAUUGUAUGAUGCCUCCUAUAGAUUUCAUCAACAAUGUGAAGUCACAGCUGUGCUUGAAAUAUCUAGACAUGGAUUUAUGUAAAAAGCAUUUAGAUGCAUGUGACAGAUGUAAGUGUCCAUUCACUCCUCAAAGUCAAUUUGUCAGAGACAUGUCACGUUGCAGGCUUUUAGAGAAUAAAGCUUCAUAAUUUAUUGGAAAACAAUUCAUGUGUAUGAAUGAUUAACCAUUGUUGAAUAAAUUAUCAGUUUUGCCAACUCACCUGAUUUCAUCUGGUCAACCUGAUAUACAUAGCCAUAUCAUGACCAACUCAAAUUUUGAAAAGUUCUAGAACCACUUGCUAUUUCUUUAUAUGUGAUCUGUUGUUUUAACCAUUUCAAUAUCAAUUUUUGGAUCAAAUAUUGUCAAUGUUAGGUUCAAACAAAACACAGGAUAUCAUCUAAAUAUAUGAAGAUUUGAUAACUAUUUAUAAUAAAAUUAAUUAUAGGGUCUUUUUCCUUGUUGAUCCCUUUAAAACACCCUGUCAGUCUUGAUUUUGAGUAGCUUUGACCAGGUAUUAGAUACUACUGGUUGGAAGUUUGGAAGUGAAGUGAAUAAUCACAUGUGUCAUAUUGCAGAGUUGUUAGUGCCUUUAGCCUAGUUAUAAUGAAAUGUGCAAAAUAUGGCUUGAGCAGAAAAAACAAUUAUAUAAAAAAAAAAAAUUGUAAUUCUAUUUAUAAUAGUUGUGUAAUACAGGUUUAUAUUGUUUUUUCACUAUUCUUACUUCUGCGACUUUAAUCUUAUUGUAAUCAAUUGACAAGAUCAAAAUUAGUACUUUGUUUGUGUAAUAUUUGCUUCGUGGUAGAUAAUAUUUCUCAGUGUGAAAAGAUUUAUUUGUCAAGUGCAUUAAAAUUUUGAAUUUUGAAAAAUAACAUGUGUUUAACACGUCCAUUUUCUACCAAUUCCAGACCUAUCAUUAACUGUUCGGUUGUUACGGAUUCAUUGUUUUGUUAUUAUCUUCAUAUGAUUUUACCAGAUCAGACAUUGUAUUAUCAUGGUAAACUAAUUACUGUAGAACCAGUAAAAUUACACAAUGUUGUACGAUGAUCAAAUGAUUUAGGCAGCUUUAUCCUGUACCUUAGAUGGAUAUUUAUCAGUUAUGGACCUCCACUGAGGUGGAUGUUUAGUUAUGUGAACCCAAGAAAGAAAUAUAAACACAAGUUGGGAAAAGCUGAGAUCUAUGUCACCAUAUAGAUGUAUGAAUAUUCACAACAGAUAUAUUAAAGAAAGUUUAUCAAACAAGGUGUAACACAAGAUAUUAAAAAGAUAAAAAAAUGUACUGAAAAGAUAACUCAUUGCUCUGAAAAUAGUUAUUCUGACUAAAUAUUUCAAAUCUGCUACCUCUAUGUGAUUAUAAUCAAUAUGAAAUAUUAAAUUAUUAUAUACAUGCAGGAAAAAGGUCACAUGUGUCCAGUUAUAUACAUAUUUACCACAAUCUUAUAUAUAUUUAUCUAUCACCAUUUUGUAUGACAUUUUGAUGUAUGAAUAUGACCCACUCAACUAUUGUGUUUAGCUGUGAUUUACACUUGUGGCUGUUAUAUAACUAUGAAUGUCACAUCAAGAGAGUCUAUUGCUUGAAGAGAGUAACUGUGAUUGAAAUUUCCUAUAUUUACCUUAUCGUUUUACUUGUUUUUGUAAAUAAAUAUUUCUAUUUGAAA